AGCAGAGAGAGGGAGAGGCGAAGGGAGGGCGGGCGGUGGCUCAUUGGAAGAGAGUAGCGGUGCACUUCAUGCUGUGAUAGUUCCUCUGAAGGGAUAUGGAAGCCGAACGAAAGGGUUCGGAGGAGGAGGAGGAGUUGUGUUGUGGUCGCACGGUACGUAGGGCAGAAGAAGAUUCAAGGAGGUGAGGUGAGGUGAGGGAGAGUGAUGGAACUUAGAAGGGAUGGAUGGGUUUUCUUCAGGCCAGUGGAGAUUGCGUGUGGGAAGGGGGAAGAGGCGCGGAGAAGAGAAGGCGAAUGGUGAAUGCAAUUCACUUUAAUCCAUCUGCGUACCGGGGGAGGGAUGGAUCCUGACACUGAACGGGAGUUGGCGGCUGUGAUCAUGGAGGAAGCCAGUCGUUUACGCACCCAGGCAGAACGCGACGGUGUAGCUGCUUAUUUGGCUAAGCCGGCCGUCCGGGGUCGCCCUAAUCCUCAGUUUCUUCAGGCCACUGUCCGCAGCAUUCAGCAAUCUAAUAGGAUUGUUGAAGUGAACGAGAUGUGGCGGCGAAGGUCAGUGGAGCUGGAAUACGAACAGAAAAGAAGCAGAAGACAUGACGGUCCCAGGAAAGAUUUUCACCUCGAAAGAGACAAUAGUAGCCAUGACUCUGUUAUCGAAGAUAUCAGAGAAGAUGGAUUGGGAGAUGAGGAGCUCGAGGAAUUUUUACGAUCUAGGGUCAAACGUGGAAGGGGUGCCGUGGGGUCACGAAUGGAUGAAACAGGACCAUACCUGCCGAUAUCACAAGAAAUAUUGCCAGGGAGGACUUCUGUGACGGAUGUUCGUGUCAAAGAAGACUGGGAAGAGCGCAUUGCUGGCCCAGAGGUUGGGCCUUCCCUGCCUGAGGAUAUGCAAAGAGAUUGGAAGCGUAAGAAGUUGAAGAGCAAGCGCAAGGAUUCCACUGCGGAUGAAGCGGAAGACGAAGACUCGCAAUCCAAGAGGAGGAAGCAUAGAAAAGAAAGGAAGCGGAGGAAAGAGUCAAGGGAUAGAGAUUCAAAAAAGAAAAGGAAAUCUCUAGAGAAGUCCCCUAAGAAAAGAAGAUGAUCAGUGUUUGUAUUUUAGGUCUUUUAGGUACCUCAAAUGGCCCUGGUCUCAUUCGCAUGAGGUUGUACAAUAGGCACGCAACGAACAUAUGUGGUCUCUGCACUUUGCAUCCAAAUUGCGUAUCAGCAAAGGACUUGGCUAAUUGGCCAUUCACCAUUUUGCUUUUUUCACCAGAUUACGAGUAAUCUGUUGAGGGCAGAUUCGCUCUGCAAGUGGAG